UUCCCAUCAAUGACGUAGCCGUGCAUGCAUCCGUACCCCUCCAGACGACCUCCAAACCGCAUCGCCAAGUAUCACCAAAGCUUAUUUCACAACCCCUACCUUACAUCCCCAGGUUCCCAAUUGCAAAGAUGAACUACGACCAAGCAGGUGUCACCCGCUCACUCAACACCAUCCAAAAUGAGCUGCAGUACCUUGCUUCGCAGGGCGUCAUUGCACCUCCCCAGAUGCAAUCGAUCCAGGCACAACUCCCACGAUCCGACGGCCAGCCAGCACAGUACAUCGACCCCCGCUACGUGAACGGCAACCAGCAGUUCAACCCGGCGUUGAUCGCACAGCAGGCCCAGGACCCCAAUAACCCUGCGCACCCCAAAAACCCCAAGCACCAUGAAUGGGCGGGGAAGCUUGCCCACAAGUUUGGUAACGCGGCGGUAUACGGCGCCGGAGCGACAUUCGGUGCUGAUCUAGUGAACGAUGUUAUGAGGAAGUUCUAAGCAGGCUGUGCGCCAAGCAAUACGAGCGUGGAUGCACCCGUGUUGUGACAGUUUGGUCGGUUAUGGAAUUGAUGCUGUGAACUGAUUGGGUAUAUAGCUUGAGAAACCUGUGCCACCUGAAACAUUGACGAAUUCUCCAUCGGCUUUCGUUAAGCGUCUGUGGAGCAUGUUCUGGACUGGCCCCAGUGUUCACUUCUUGCGGAAGGACAGAAUCUAAUCGCGAUCGA